CGUAACGUCAUAACAUCCUAAAUAUCCCCUCCUGAAUUUACACAACAAAGCUGCAAAAAGUGUUAUAAAUGACUCAAUAGAAUCGAUUAAUUAGAUCCAUAAUGUGCAACUUUCUAAUUUAAUUGUUUAUAGAACAAGCUAUUGAAUAACAGUGAUGGCCAAGUUGUGAUAAAUGUUUAUAUUUUGCUAUGGCAAAUAGACGUGAUGUUUUGAAAACUUCAAUGGAUCCACUGCCAAAUGCCAGUGACCCUUUAAGGGAUCUAUUUGAAGCCUGCAAAGUUGGAGAUAUUGCCAGGGUGCGGAAGUUAGUUACUCCCGUUACUGUGAAUGCCAGGGAUACUGCUGGAAGAAAGUCUACACCCCUUCAUUUUGCAGCUGGCUAUGGUAGAAGAGACGUAGUAGAAUUUCUUUUAUCGGCUGGAGCUUCAAUUCAAGCUCGCGACGAUGGAGGAUUGCAUCCAUUACACAACGCUUGCUCGUUCGGUCAUGCUGAUGUUGUCAGGUUAUUACUAGAAGCUGGAGCUAAUCCUAACACCAGAGACAAUUGGAAUUACACUCCACUACACGAAGCUGCAAUCAAGGGGAAAGUGGAUGUUUGUUUAGCUCUUCUUCAACAUGGCGCCGAUGUCAAUAUCCGCAAUACGGAAGGCAAAACUCCGCUCGAAGUAGCAGAUGUUUCGACACGGCCUGUACUUACAGGCGAGUACCGCAAAGACGAGCUUCUUGAAGCUGCUCGUUCCGGAGCUGAAGAUCGACUUUUGGUGUUGCUUAAUCCGUUAAACGUCAAUUGUCAUGCUAGUGAUGGAAGAAGAUCGACUCCUCUUCAUCUCGCAGCUGGAUACAAUAGAAAUAGAGUUGUACAGCUAUUGCUUCAAAACGGAGCUGACGUCCAUGCUAAGGAUAAAGGAGGAUUAGUUCCGUUACACAAUGCUUGCUCUUACGGUCAUUUCGAAGUAACUGAAAUGUUAAUCAAGCACGGUGCCAAUGUAAACGCAAACGAUCUUUGGGCUUUUACACCUCUUCAUGAAGCUGCUUCCAAAUCGAGAUUAGAAGUGUGCUCCUUACUGCUGGCCGAAGGCGCAGAUCCUCAUCAAUUAAACUGCCAUUCCAAGUCUGCCAUAGAUGUAGCUCCAACUAGGGAACUACAGGAAAGACUUGCAUAUGAAUAUAAAGGCCAUCUUUUACUUGAUGCAGCACGACAAGCUGACACGACAAAAAUUAAGAAGUAUCUUACUGCGGAUAUAAUUGGUUUUAAACAUCCCUAUUCGGGGGAUACCGCUUUACAUUCAGCCGUCACCUCCCUUUAUCCUAAAAGAAAGCAAGUUUUAGAAACACUAAUAAGGAAGGGCGCGCCUCUCAACGAAAAGAACAAAGACUUUUUAACUCCUCUACAUUUAGCAGCCGACAGUUCUCACUACGAUCUGAUGGACGUUUUAUUAAGGCACGGAGCCAAAGUAAACGCUUUAGAUGGUCUUGGACAAACAGCUCUUCAUAGAGCUGCCAGAGAAGACAACGUUCAGGCAUGCAGAAUUUUAUUGAGUUACAGUGUAGAUGCUACGAUUGUAUCUUUGCAAGGAUAUACUGCUACCCAGGUAGCUGGUGAAAAUGUUCUUAAGAUACUCCAAGAUCCUCCUACAGGAAGCGCUGAUGUCGAAUGUCAAGUUCUCGAAUCCGCUAAAUCUGGAGACAUAGAUCAAGUUCAAAGACUGCUCGGAUCCUAUCCUCAUAUAGUGAAUUGUCGUGAUUUGGAUGGGAGACACUCAACUCCGCUACAUUUUGCCUCUGGAUAUAAUAGAGUAGCUGUAGUAGAAUUCUUGUUGCAGCAAGGAGCUGAUGUUCAUGCCAAAGAUAAAGGUGGUUUAGUUCCUUUACACAAUGCUUGUUCCUAUGGUCAUUAUGAAGUGACUGAAUUGCUGGUCAAACACGGAGCCAGUGUAAAUGUUGCUGAUUUGUGGAAAUUUACACCGCUUCAUGAAGCAGCGGCCAAAGGGAAAUACGAAAUUGUCAAGUUGCUAUUAAAGCAUGGAGCGGAUCCUAGCAAGAAAAAUCGAGAUGGAGCCACUCCCUUAGAUUUAGUGCGAGAGAACGACCAAGAUGUCGCAGAUUUGUUAAAAGGCAAUUCAGCUCUAUUAGAUGCAGCGAAAAAGGGUAACUUAGCGAGAGUUCAAAGACUGGUAACAUCCGAUAAUAUCAACUGCAGAGACGCACAGGGUAGAAAUUCUACUCCACUGCAUUUGGCAGCUGGUUACAACAACGUAGAAGUAGCAGAAUUUUUGUUAGAAAAUGGAGCAGACGUCAACGCUCAGGAUAAAGGCGGUCUUAUUCCCUUACACAACGCUUCCAGUUAUGGUCAUUUGGAUAUUGCAGCGCUACUAAUAAAGUACAACACCGUCGUAAAUGCUACUGAUAAAUGGGGAUUCACACCACUUCACGAAGCUGCACAAAAAGGACGAACACAACUUUGCGCUUUACUGUUGGCCCACGGAGCAGAUCCUUUCCUGAAAAAUCAAGAAGGUCAAGCUCCUGUCGACUUGGCAUCUGCUGAUGAUGUGCGCUGUCUUCUUCAAGAUGCAAUGGCAUCACAACAAGGUGUACUUACGGCAUCCGCUCCACCGUCCAGACCUCCAUCCAUCGCCCUUUCGCACACGCCGUCUCCGCCUCUACCAUCCACUAACGUAGAAACCGUCAUAAUGCCCUCUGGCGCAGCCGUUCAGCUUCUCGUGCCCGUGGGGAGUAGAGCUAGUGUUUCGAUGGCUCCAGUUGAAGGAUCCAGUUCUUCUGGAAAACUGGAAGGCGCCGAAGGAGAUGACGGAGCCAUAUGUUCGGUUGCUAAUUUCUUGGCUAGCUUAAGUCUGGAACAUUUGCUGGAUAUCUUCGAAAGAGAACAAAUUACGUUGGAUAUUUUAGCGGAAAUGUCACAUGAAGAUUUAAAACAAAUAGGAAUAUCGGCGUACGGUUUUAGGCACAAACUUAUUAAAGGAAUGGAGCGUUUGGUGGCCAGUUGUGGAGGUCUUUGGACAACUCCUUCCAAUCCUGGUACACUUUUAGUUGAUCUCUUAUCCGACGACAAAGAAUUCAUUACCGUAGAGGAAGAAAUGCAAAAUAGUAUUAGAGAACAUAGAGACAACGGCCAUGCCGGCGGCAUUUUCGCCAGAUACAAUAUAAUUAGGAUACAAAAAGUUCAAAAUAAAAAAUUAUGGGAACGGUAUACUCAUAGAAGGAAAGAAGUUUCCGAAGAAAACACUAACCAGUCAUGCGAAAGAAUGCUGUUCCAUGGUUCUCCGUUCAUCAACGCCAUUGUACAAAAAGGUUUUGAUGAAAGGCACGCCUACAUCGGAGGAAUGUUCGGCGCAGGAAUAUAUUUUGCAGAACAUUCGUCCAAGAGUAAUCAAUACGUGUAUGGAAUAGGAGGAGGCACUGGAUGUCCUACGCAUAAGGAUAGAAGUUGUUACACAUGUCAUAGGCAUCUUCUAUUAUGUCGCGUAACGUUAGGAAAAUCUUUUCUUCAAUUCAGUGCUAUGAAGAUGGCUCAUGCUCCUCCUGGACAUCACUCUGUCGCAGGGCGACCAUCAGCAGGCGGAUUGAAUUUUCCAGAAUACGUGGUUUAUAGGGGGGAACAGUCAUAUCCCGAAUAUUUUAUUACCUACCAAAUCGUCAAACCAGAAGAGUGUUCGUCGAGUACUGAUACUGAAGUCAGGUGAUUUCCGGAGCAGUGGCUGAUGCUUCGACCAACCAAGACGUUUAAAGAUUAUAUCUGCGGAUUGUUGUGCCACGCUUUACGCUGUCUAGCUCCAGCAAGAAAGCAGUGUAGUUGUCAGGAGAGUAAAUAGCCAAGUUUGAAAGAUAAAAUUUUUAAUAGAUUACGCAGUGCUGUACUAGAUAUGUUUUUACUGUUCGCGCAAUGCCUUAGACAAGAUUUUGGCCAAAGGGUAGUCGUUGAGGAUGUUUAAAAUGGUUUGAUGCAGCAUUAAAAUUAAAUCGUUGAUGUACAGUUGCGGCCACUAAAUAGUUUACACCUUCAUUUUCAUAUGUAAUACACUUAUAUCAUAUUGUCGUACGGAUUUAUUAAUGUCAAAGUGCUUGUCAAAAAUUUCACGCGUAUUAAAAAAUAAAAUAAAAACCUAUUAAACGCGUCCAAAAUGCCUACAAUGGCAAUUUCAAAACAUAAGAGCAAUUUCCAAAUUCAAUAAUUUGAACUAAAUUUUAUUGAUAAAAACUUUUUCUACAUUUUCGUUUUGUAAUAUUCUGUAAAAGAGAUUUAUUUUAUUUUUGAAGUUUUAAUUUUAAUCAACCUAUUCUGGGUUCGCCACUGGUAACGUCACUUUGACGUAAAAGGUGCGUUUAAACGAGGUAAAAAUUCAAAAACUCGGCCAGUAGAUAUGUAAGAGUGUACACUAUUCAAUAUCCACAGCUGUACCUGGAAAAUUAUGUCCACUCUUGAGUUUUAUAAUUAAUAAAUUCAGCUGGUAAUAUGGGCAAUAUCUCCACAAGUAUGUAUUGCAAUUUUUUCAAUAGUACAUUGGCUGUUGCGAUCUGUUCAAAAUAUUUUAAUUCUUUGUGUUCUUUAUAAGUUCAAGUACUCAAUAAGUUCAAGAAAUGUACUUAAUUGGGUAAUCUAAAAUAUUUUUGAGAACUCUGACGUUAUAUGGUUUCAUAAUUUUCUCCCACAUAACUUUUAAUGCUGAAAUCACUCCAGGUUUUCUGUAUCUAUUGCCGUUUUAAUUGUACUAAUCCACAAACUUAUUUUAACUAAAUUUUAUCCCUAAUAUAGAGUCCAGUGGAAAAUUUGAUGGUUUUAGGAUAAUAUGAAAUAGGCCUGGAUCCCGCGUACCAAAAAAGUUGAUUAAUAACGAGCUGAAAAAUAAUUGAUAAAAUAGCUUAACGGUGUCUAGUCGGACAAACUUUGAUGUAUGGGAACACUGGAACAGAGGAAGUUUUAAUUGUGGAACAGGUGACAGGUUUCAAAUGUCAGACUACGAAAAUGUCCCAUGUAUUUUGUCGGACAGAACUUCCAAUUGCUUUGUUACCCUUUCAAUAAACUCUCAUGCAAAAAUCAGACUGCUAUUUACCACCAAUAUAAUUCCUGCCAUUUGACAUGUUUUACGUGUCGGACUUAUUAAAAUGCCCAACAUAUUUUUCGGACAAACAUUUUUUCAUAUUUGCUAUUGAAUAAACUUAAAAAUAACCCGUUAGUUUUCACAAUCAUAAACUUGUCAGGAUGACACGUUCCACAAUUAAAAUCACAUUCCACAAUUAAAACUUCCCCUGUUCCAGUGUUCCCGUACAUCAAAGUUUGCUCGACUAGACACCGUUAAGCUGUUAACAAUUUUCAGGUUGCUAUUAAUCAACUUUUUUUUGGUACUAAACGGUAAAAUCCAGGCCUCAAAACAUUUAACAAAGAUACGAAUGCGCAUCUUAUCCAUGCAUUAAAAAUCUAAACUCGAAUCAAACUUUCCGGAAUAAUUAUGGUGUUCACGUUUGUGGAUAUUAUUUUAUUAAAAAAUUGAAUUAGAUCUUUCUGAGAUUUGUAAUAUCGGAAACUAUACUAUUAAGGCUUUUCGCUUUAAUACGACUGAUAGCUGCGUAGAUAUUCAAAAUUUUAUCUUCUUACUUGAGUGUGCGGUUGUCACGUUCGAAAAAUAUUGCGAGAUUUUUUUGAAAUUAAUUUUGUACAUUUUUAUUAUAAGGAAUCAAACAAUGUUUGGAGUAGUAUCUGUUGUUUAACGAUUUAUAUAAACAGUUUUAUCGUUUGACGUAGACAUUGAUUUGCCUUACUAAUUGUUCCCUUUUCUUUGAUCUUGGAAUCGGUCUGGAACUAGCUGAAAAUUUCCACACAGCAGUUGUGGAAAAUUCUAAAAAGUUUAAAUGAUAGUACCUACGGAUUUCUUUUCUUCAACCUUGUGUCCUGAAUAUCCCGGAAAGUAUCAUCUACGACAAAAAUGAAUACAAGUAAAAUUGUUUCCAAUUAAAUAUUUUAUCAAACUAUGUAUGUUUAUGUAAAUCUAUGGUAAAAAAAAAUCGGUGCGUAAAAAUGAAUAAGGUAGGUACCCCUAAACUUAUCUUAUGUAAACGUGGUAUUCUUUUUCUCAUGAGCAUCUUUCAGGGCGUCACAGUUUUUCGAAUUAUUUCUAACGCAUUAAAUUGUAUGUGACAGAAAAAAAGGCACGUCGGUGAUUAGAGACAUUUAUUCUAGUUGUCGAUAGAUGGCGCUAUAAUCGAAAAAAAAUAUUUACGAAUUAUAUAAUAUCUCUACGAAUAUAAUCUAUACAAUUUAUAAGACUAUACAAAUCAAAGAAAAUACCAUUUUAUAAAUGCAAUAAACACAAUUGAUUUGUUUUUAUGCCAAAUUGCAAAUAAAAUGUGACAACUGUCAGAUUUAACUAAAAUGUCAUGUUAGAAUAAAUGUUAUAAAUGUGUAUUAUCGCGGACUUACCUUUUUUUCUAUCAAUUGUGACGCACUGAAAAAUGCUCAUGAAAAAGACCAUAUCAGUGAAAUUGGCUGAAACUUGCCAGAGAGGUAGCUUUGGUCACGCUGAUCAAAAGUUCUUAUUGUCCCAAAACUCAAAAAUUAAUUGUUUCAGAGUCACGGAGCUUCAAAGUGUCGUUUUUAGUCCUCUUUUCAAUUCCACACAUUCAAUGUAGGAAAUUUGAAUCUCGUUAAACACAAAUAUAAGAUCUAAAUGACAUUUCUUAAUGUUGCCCUGUCAAAAAAAAUAAUAAAUAAGUUAGAUGUCCUGGGUAGGAUAUCCCAGAAAAAUGUUUGUCGAUAUUCUACUGUUUCACGUUGACAGUCCCACUAAAUGACUUAGAUGUUAUGGUGGGAUAUCCCAAUGAUCCAUGAUAAUAGUUCCACUAAUAACUGGAACAUCAGAUAUGUUCCACUAAUUUACAGGGAUAUUUCACUUUCGUACAUACACCUCUAGCUAAUUUUGUGGGAGGUUACAUAUGCGCAGAAGCUCUCAAAAUAACGCCAAUCUCACAGAAGUUAUAGGAGGGACCGACGCACGCGCAGAACUUUUCAAUGGUUUAUGCCCAAGUGUAUCAGUAUAGCGUGGACUUACACGGGAAGUAUUAGAAGAACUGAUACAUAUGCGGAAGCAGUCAAGAGGAUGUACACAUGUGCAGUAGAUAUCCGUGCUCCUGCUCAUGUAUACUCCGCUCCAAAGCGUUUUAACAAAGACUAUUGACUGUAAUACAUACAACUCUUGACAUUUCCCAUUACAUUUGAGGAAGCAAACAAUAUAGCGCCAUCUAGUGGUGUGCGGUGAUAACCAGAGCAAUCUAACCGUACAUUUAUAAAAUUGCUUUUGUAUAAAUGUUUGAGCCAUUUUUAUUUUAAUUUAAUUUAGCAAAAUUAGCUCGUUAUUCAGAAAAUUAUAAAAUUAAAUUUGAAUGUUUACGUCAAAUUUUACAUUUUCAAAACGUAGUUUCACUUCAAGCCGACGUGCUUCCAGAUUUCUGUGGGAGUUGGAUGUAUUACAGUCAAUAGUAUUUGGUUUUAAUUAGUUGAGUAAUGUUCGAUAAAACUGCUGCAGCAUUUAUAAGGAAAGUGGGAACUUCAUUAGUUUUGUUGCUAUUUAUGUUUUUUCACAGAUUUAGCUUUUAUUUAAAUCUACAUUAAGUUGAUUUUGUUCCCACUGUUAACUAUUUUAAGCAUUUUUACUAUAUAUUCUUUAUUUUCAGUGCAAAAUGAAUUAUUGAUUGCGAUACUACAACAAAUGUUUGAUUCUUAGUAAUUUUAGAUCAAGAACUGAGGCAAAGAGAAGUCAAUAUUUUCCUGUGCGCAUAUCUUUAUAGUGUUGAAACUACUUUUUUCCCCAACAUUUUGUCGUUAUCUCGAAAAAUAUUAAUUUUAGCAGAACAUUUUAUUUAUAAAAGAUGAUAUAAAGUUAGAUUUCCUACAAGAUUGGCAUAAUGUGAAAAUUUCGAGGGUUUAAAAAAUAUGUUUAAAUUGUUUAUAAGUAUACCAAAUAUUAAUAUCAGCUAUUUAAUACAAUUAAUAUUUUUUUAAUACAACUUAUACUUUAAAAAUAAAGUUUUCUAUAAGUAAUUCGAUUCAAAUUCCUGCCUGGCGAUUGACUUUUAAAGUUUAGAAAUAAAAAGAAGUCGCACUGGCCCAAAUCUGGAGGAAUACGAAAAUUUUUCUCCAUUUUCUGAAGAAAAACGCCCCAUAUAGUGCGGUGCGCUGGGGUGGCUUAAAAAUGGAGUGGACGAGCAUAAUUAACAAUUAAAAAACAACUGUCUAAAUUGAAAUAAGCCCUAUUACUCUUUAGAAUAUUGAAAUAGAAUGUUUAAACUUCAAUUUAGGCACUUGACAACCUCAAAAAUCAUAAUUUAUAUAUGAGUUUUCAACUCGCGAAAAUGCGUAUUUUCGCAUUUUUCAGGUUUUCAAUCUCUUAUAUCUCGAAAACUACCAAUUUUAGAGGAAUGACAAUUUGUUUCAAAUGACCCAGAAAAUCUAAAAAAUGUUUUUCGGGGCAAAAAAUAGUGUUUAAAAAUUGCUGACCAAAAAUUUCGCCCGGCUCCGUUCAAAUUUGUUUAAAAGAGAUAUUUUUGAAAAGGAAUUCGUAAAGAAACCGAAUCAGAAAUUUUUUUCUCAGGAGCGGUCUCAAAACCUGGCCUAGACUAAUUCGCGAUAAGGACAAGAAUAUAAAGUUUCUAAUAUACCUAGUACCUAGUAUUUGUCUUGUAUAUUUUUAAGAAUUUAAUCUUAUUUUAUGUCUAUAGACGUUUUUUCAUAAAAUUAACACUUUUCUAGAGAAACUUCUCAAUGUUGGGAAAAAGGUGAUUUUCGCUUGUAUAGAUAGAUCUUUCAGACUUUUUUUGUGGAAAUGAUUGCCUCUCAUUGGUAUCUUAGUUAAAGACGACAUCCAGUAGUGAUUUUCGCUUGUAUAGAUAGAUCUUUCAGACUUUUUUUGUGGAAAUGAUUGCCUCUCAUUGGUAUCUUAGUUAAAGAUGACAUCCAGUAGCAAAACAACAGAUUUGAAUUAUUUUGUUUUCAAACCCUCAGUUCUUGGACUAUAAAUGCUAUGACUUAGUUAUUUUUAUAAAACGAAAAAUAAAUUCAAGUCGAUGUCCCUUUCCAUUUAAAAUGCACCUUAAACAAAAUAGUACUCGUAUAAUAUGUAGUAAAAUAUAAAAUAAGCUUUCAUUGUGACUACUAUACGUUUUUCACAGGUUAAUUAAAUGGUAUAUAAAACAAAUGUUCAAGUUAUAUUCAGUGUCAGUUGAAUAAGGAAACAUUUAAGCAUAAAUACAAAGUAUAUUUAGCUAUUUCCUUGUGGCAGUCUUAAAUUGAUCCAAGAUUUCAAUUACAUAACUAUUGUUUUCUCUCUAUUCAAUCUUUUACUAAGAGAAGUUAGUAGCAUAAUAAUUUUAUAAUUGACAUGUACAUUCAACAAUAUUUUUAUUUAAACAGAAAUACUAUUGUUAUAACAUUAGUUUACAUGUUUUGUUUUAUACUUUUUGUUACAAUCAUCUUCUUGUAUUGUUUUCAGAAAAUAUCGUAUUACGUAUCAAUAAUAGAGUUCUGAGUACCACGAGCACCGGGUAAAUUUUAAUCAAGGUUAUCUUCCUCUAGGCUUUGAUGAUCCAACGCCAAACUGCAAGGCAGCAUCUUCGCCUAUACCAUAGGGCGCAAUAUACACUCAAGUGCAAAAAAAUCGAUCCAUUUAAAAAUUUGGUCAAUUUGAUGUCACGAAUUUCCUAAACCCGUUGUCCGAUUUAAGUGAUUUUUUUACCAUGUUAUAGCCUUAUUCAUUAACAAUAUCUCUGUAAUAAUAUUGUUGCUAGACAGGUAAACUGUCGUUGUAUACUGGGUGUACGAAUCAAACUGUGUUUUUUUCUCAAAGUUCGCAUCACCCUGUGGACUAUUCUAGCAUUUAUAAAAUACUGAAAUGAAAACCCAACAGCCUCAGGUCUACUUAACAUUCUGUUUUUAGAUUCAUUCGCUUAUGUUGAAUAAUAAAAACGUUAGGUACUUUAACCACUGGCCAUGUUCGUCAUCAGUACAGAGUGUUUCUAAAUAAGUGCGACAAACUUUAAGGGGUAAUUUUACAUGUGAAAAUAAGGACAGUUUGCUUUAUAAUCAUAUGUCCGCAAACGCCUCGUCCGAGAUACGGGAUGUUUAAUUUUUUUACAAACUGACGAUUUAUUUAUUGCUUUAAAACCAUUUGAGGUAUGGAAAUCAAAUUUGGUGGGUUUUAAGACGUAGUUAUUGCACGUUUUUUGACAUACAAUUAAGAAUUUAAUAUUCACCAUUGGCGCGCAAACGGGUAUUAUGACCGAUCAUAUUACCCGUAUGCACGCCAAUGGUGAAUAUUAAAUUAUUAACUGUAUUUCAAAAAAUGUGCAAUAACUACGUUUUAAAACCCACCAAAUUUGAUUUGCAUAUCUCAACUGGUUUUAAAGCAAUAAAUAAGUCGUCAGUUGUAAAAAAAAUGAACAUCCCGUAUCUCGGAAACGAAGCGUUUGCGGACAUAUGAUUAUAAAGCAAACUGUCCUUAUUUCCACAUGUAAAAUUACCCCUUAAAGUUUGUCGCACUUAUUUAGAAACACCCUGUACUGAUGACGAACAUGGCCAGUUGUUAAAGGACCUAACUUUUUUAUUAUCCAACAUAAUCGAAUGAAUCUAAAAACAUAAUGUUAAGAAAACCUGAGGCUAUAGUUGGGUUUUAAUUUCAGUAUUUUAUAAAUGCUAGAAUAGUCCACAGGGUGAUGCGAACUUUGAGAAAAAAACACAGUUUGAUUCGUACACCCAGUAUACAAUGGUAGUUUACCUGUCUAACAAUAUUAUUACAGUGAUAUUAUUAAUGAAUAAGGCUAUAACAUGGUAAAAAAAUCACUUAAAUCGGACAACAGGUUUAGGAAAUUCGAGCAUCAAAAAUGACCAAGGUAAAUGCAAAUUUUUGUUUAUAUUCGGUUCAGAUUUGGACCACCAUCUCCAUAUAGCUAUUUCAGCAUCCUUAUGCCUCAUCAGUGAAGCUUAUGCAGUCACAAAUCUGAAGGAAUACAAACAAUCUGACUAUUUGAGGGAAACCAUCGCGAAAACAAUGGUUCCACCUCCUGAGACGCAUACUAGCGACAUCUCUCGUAUUAAGAGGAAAACGAAAAGCCCUAGAUACAAAGUUUACUACCUUUUAAACAAUUAGAAUAACUGAAACCAAAACCAAAUUUUUAGUGGAUCGAUUUUUUUGCACCCGAGUGUACAUCUCUCUCGUAUACCUUUUCGUAUGGCUAUGUCCUCCGACAUGUUGCCCUCCACCCUUACUUUAGCUGUCUGAAUCACCUUCAUAUAUACCCGUUGCUCUGAGUAUUUGUGCUAGUUUCUGAUGUUAACGCAAUCAAAAGCUUUGCGAUAGUCCAUAAAGAUUACGAUAAGCAUCGUGUCUAGGCCUCCAUAAAAUUUUGUUGGUCCAUCUUCCAUCUCUGAAUCUGGCAACAUGGCCUGUCCAGUUUCAUUUUAGCGUUUUAAUUCUCUUAACUGCGUCCGUAGUUAUUUUAACUAUUUUAUUUGAAACUUUGUCUCUGAGGGAUAUAUUCAAAAUUAAUUUCUCUAUUGCUAUCUGUGCCAUUUGUAUUUUAUUGAUUACUUUUCUCGUAAGGGUCAAUAUUUCUGCUCCAUUCGUUAGAAUAGAGAGGACACAUUUAUCAAGCACCUUCCAUUUCAAGCAUGUGCCAAUAUCUGAUCUAAAAACUUCGAUCAGUUUUCCUUAAGCUGCCUUGUUAGUCCUAUCCUCCUGUUUAACUCGGUUGUUUGAUUGUCUCUUCCUAAUUUAAUCUCGUGAUCCAGAUACUUAUAGGUAUAUACUUGUUCAAUUUGCGUGCCAUCAGUUGAAAUGUUUUUGGUCAGUACAAUGUUGGUUAUGUAUUGUGUUUUAGUAUUGUUCUACAAUAAGGACUAUGCCGUUUACAAAUCUCAAGGUGUUCAAAAACUCCCCAUUUAUGUUGAAUCCAAUAUUUUCCCCCUUUUUGUUUUUUCAUAGCACUAUAUAAUAAAACGGUCAAUAGUUUAGGAAAGAUGGUGUCCUUGCCAUGGUACAGCUGGUUCCCAAAAAAAACUGAUACGAUUCUUGAAGCGUAUUUUGUAGAAAAUUGAGCAGUGUAUAGAAAAGUAUAGUAUAGUGAAGAAAAAUACUUAUUAUUUACAUUCUAUCAUUGUCACUGCUAAAUCUUAAAAUUUGUCAUAUAUGUAACUUAUUCUGUUCAACCUCAAAAAAUGGCUCCACAUGCUAGCAAAGAACUAAUAGCAAGAAUUGUAUCGAAAUUAGAAGAUGGUUGGUCACUAUCUGCCAUAGCGAACCAUUUUAACGUAAGCAGAACAACAGUUUUUAAUAUUAAUAAAAGAUGGAGAGAACAAGAAACUCUCGAAAGAAAGCAAGGUUCUGGAAGACCAAAAAUAUCUACCGCUCAUGAAGAACGUACGCUUUUGGUGAGAUCCUUUUGAAGAAGCGAAAACUGCAAGAAUUAUGUCACAGUUUCCGGGAAGAAAGACAACAACUUGGGGCAGAAUUAAAGCAUCGCGUCUUAGUUAAUUUUAUUUUUACAUGCCUAAAUUUAAAAUGGUUUUGGUCUUCCAGACCCUCGCUUUGUUUUGAGAGUUUCUUGUUCCCUCCAUUUUUUAUUAAUAGAAAAACUGGUUCUGCUUAUGUUAAAAUGUUUUGCUGCAUCUGAUAGUGCCUUUUAAUUUGUUAUCUUUUAAUUUGUUUACAAUUCUUGCUUUAAUAUAUUGUUGAGUUAAGUCGUUUGGUUUAUUCCUUAAUAAAAAUAAAAAAUAACAACCCUAUUUUAAAUAAAAACUAUCAUUUAUAUACUCUUUAUAAAAUUCAUGAAUCCAAAAUAAUCUCAAAAUUUAGACUUUAAUAAUCAGUUGUUUGUUUAUUUUAUUAUUUGUCUGUACAUAAUGCCAGACCAAUCAAAUACACUGCUUAAAAUCAUCAAAUCUUACUAUGAGUCGUAUCAGUUUUUUUAUGAACAGAUUAUAUGUAUAUUCCGAAGAAGAGUGGUGUACCCAUAAUGAAUACUGCAAUCUAUAAGAGCUCUUAAAUUGAAGCUAGGACUAAGUCAUAUGCUUUCUCAAAGUCUACAAAUAUUAACCUUCGGAUGAUCAAGGGGGGUAAAUUGGGACCCCAGCUUAUGUUUUCUUUAAUACAUUCAAAAGUAUUUUCAAUUUUUAAACGCUUUUAUUUAGUUCAAUAGUUUGCGUAAAAUCUUUAGACGUUAAUUUGACUGCCUUUUCUUCAAUGCAAAUGAAUGAAAAUUUGCAGACAUAUUAUGCUUUCGCGGAAACAAUACAUGAAUAGUCAAUAAAAAUUUUUUUCAUGUUUAUUAAAUGUUGAAAUAAAAAAACGAUUUUAAUGGAAAACGCUUAAAUUCUCUUGUUUUUUACAAUGUAAAAACUUGAAACUUUUACGGAUUGUAUAGCUAAUGAUAUGAACAAUACAUAAUUUCACUUUUUACGUUAAUUGUUUACGUUAUGUUUCAUUAAUAAACAAUAAAGUUUCAAAUUUUUUGCCGAUUCCGACUACUUUUCAUGUUAGUACAUCAUAUGUUUUAUACAUAUUUUAAUAAACAUGACGAUAUAUUUUAAUGUUUGAAAAGUGUAAGACUAAAAAGUAAAAAAUAAAAAAAAAUAUGAAAAAAAAUUUUUUAAGAAACGCUUUUUUUUUAGUUACGAGUGACUAAAAUUAAAAAUAUUAUAAAAAAUGAACUAAAAAGCAAAAAAUAAAAAAAAUUUAAAAAAUCUUAACACAUUCGCUAAAGAAAAGCGUGGGGCGAAAACCGUUUAUUCGAUGAACACGCGCCAUGCUUUUCUUUGACGGAUGUGUUGUAUUUUUUCAAUUUUUUUUUUAUUUUUUGCUUUUUAGUUCAUUUUUUUAUAUUUUUAAUUUUAGUCACUCGUAGCUAAAGAAAAGCGUUUCUUAAAAAAUAUUUUUUCAUAUUUUUUUAUUAACUCAUUAUUUUUUUAUUUGACUUUAAUAUCAUUCUAGAUAUCCUUAUAUUUUGAAAUAAAAAAGUUCCCUAUAUUUUACAAAUAAAAAAUAUAUUUUGAAGUUGAUGUUUAGUAAAAUACCGUCUAUUAUGUGGAAUUCCAAAUAGUUUUAAACUGCGCGUUAUCAAAAUCUAUUUUUAGACUGUGGUGCCUGUUAUGUACGAAUCAUGACAUUCCUGUCUGCUACAGUUUAUUAUUAUAGUUUCUUAGUAUUUUGUGUACAUGUACGAUAUGGCCCGCAAAUAUCUUACUGAGGCUGAGUUACAGGAAAUUGUUACUGCUAGCUAUUUUUGUGAUGAUAUAGAAGAUGAAAUAGUAUCAGAAAAUGAGGAUGUAUUAUUAGAUGAAGAUUUGAAUGCUGAAAACAUUCAUUCCAGGUCAUUUUUGACCUGGGGUCAUUUUUUACCCCCGUUGGUCAUCCGUGUAACAAAAAAAGGUUGGUCAUCGGAAGGUUAAUAUAAAUGGCUUAUCGUAUUCUGUAACUUUCUCUAUUAAGGACUUGUAGGUGGUCAUUCGUUCCAAAGCCACUCCUAACUCCGGCUUGCUCUAGUGGUUGGUGAAAAGCUAGCUUAGGUUCCAGUCUGUUAAUAAUUAUUCUCAUAAAGAGCUUAUUUAAAUGAUUUAACAAGCUGGUAGGUCUGCAGUUUCCCAUUUCUGUUUCUUCUCUUUUUUUGUGCUAUCUAUCUAUCUCUCUAUAUAUCUAAUUAACCUUCCUCGGUCCAUCUUUGGACAUAGGCCUCCCCAAUUCUUCUCCAUUCUUCUCUGUCUGUCGCUACAGUUAUCCACCUAGAGCCCACGUGCUUCUUUAUAUCAUCUGCCCAUCUCAUUUGGGGCCUUCCUCUGCUUCGUUUAUAUUCCCACGGUCUCCAAUUUAUAAGAAUUUUGUUCUAUCGGUCUUCUUUUUGUCUUAUAUUGUAUCCUGCAAAUCCCCAUUUCAAUUUUGCAACUUCUUGUCUAACAUCCCUAACUUUGGUUUUCUCUCUUAUCCACUCGUUUCUCUUUUUAUCCAUUAGUCUUAUGUGCAACAUUUGCCUUUCCUUUGCUCUUUGCGUUUUUAUGAUUUUGUCCAUGUUUGCUUUUGUAAACGUCCACGUUUGGGAACCAUAAAUGAGAACAGGGGGUACGCAUUGAUUGUAUACCUUGGUCUUAAUAUGUUGUGGAUAUCUUUUGAUUUUAAGGAUGUAGCUUAGUUUGCCAAAUGCCGCCCGUUUUUGUGCAAUAUUAUAAGAAAAGUAUGUAUUCCAUUUUCCUGGUGUAAUUCCUAUAGAGGCAGGCAUUAUAAAUAGUUUUGAAGGCUUUUAUGGUGCAUUCGCCUCCUAGUUUUAUCAUUUCACUUGCAUUCAUCUUCUCUAAGUGUUUUGAUGUUCCUCAUACCCUUUAACGCUGAUUCAAUUUUCUCUUCGGUUAUAUUGAUUCUGUUAGAUUGUGUUACAUAAUAAUAAUGGAUACUACUUUUAAGUGGAGGACCAAUAGCUGUAUAGCGUAAAAAUCUCGAUUAAGAUAUUUAUCAUAUGGGAGGUAUUAAUCUGUUAGUAGGUGUUUUCACGGUAUAUACUACUUCACAGACAUGUAAUGUGUUUUUUUAGUUUUCUUGAAGCCGGAAUUAAAAAAAUCCCCCUGACAAGUGGGAAGAGGCUUUAUACGAACUACUCACCAGUUUUUUAUCUGUUGCAGUUUUGGAUUGCACUGUCGGAACGGGCACAACGUACAAACGAAACUACAGGAUCCAAUGUUUUGUUAAUUUUUGUAAAGGUCCUUUUUGCUGCUUGAAAAUUACCCAAUUUUUAGGGUAUAUAGAUUGCAAAGUAAUAAAGCAACACUUUAUUCAGGGACAGCAGACCAGUAUAUUUCAGCAUUUUUUUCCCAACCCAUGAAUACCAAUAAAAAUUAGCCAAAAGAACAACCAAAUAUUUGUGUGUUUUGUUGUUCUUUGACUUUUUUCCCUAUAAUUUACUUUCUUUUUACAGCUAGUUGCUUUUUAUUUCAUUAAUUGAUUUUAUAUUUUUAUCCAUUCUUAGUUUUCCAUUACUUUUAUAAUCAGAUUUAAAUAAUUUACUAAAUCUUCGAUCCUUAUUUGAUCUGUUUCCAGUUUUAAAUGCCUUCGUUGAUGAUUACAGACCUAUGGCUUUUGGUCAUUUUUACUAGGUCUUUUAAUUGAUCACAUUUACUUUAUAUUCUACCAUAACAUUUUAUCAUUUUUAGAUAUUUGAAGACUUAGGGUAUUUAUUUAUAUGUAUCAAGGAUCAAAUUAAACUACACAUAUUUUUUUAAUUUUGAUAUAAAGUAUUAUUUUCCAACAAUGCAAUUCAAGUAGACAUUUAUUAUUAAUAGUUUUUUCAUUAACAUUGUAUUAUUACGUGUUUAAAUGUGUCGAUCCGUAUAUUAAAUGUUUUAUAUACUAUAUCCUCAAUACUCAAUACAAUAUAAAACAGUAUGUCACAUUAGUGGCGACAUCAUAACGCUAUUUUUGUUGAGCUACAUCUAGGUCCUGUUUCUAACAAAAUAAUGAAGAUCUUUCCUUAAGAUAAUUCCUAACGAAACAGGAUUUAAAGAAAAAUUUAAAUUCUCCGCAGUAAAAAGUAUUUCAAACUUACCUAUACUAAAUUUACAGUCAAGAUGCAGUAGAAAUAAACAAACCAAGACACGUUAAAUGCUACUAGGAGCACUCCCGAAUCAUAAUUUACAAUGUAUAAACUUUGGAAAUCAUGAUUUGGGAUUUACAAUGUAUAUACAUUGUAAAUUAUGAUUCGGGAGUGCUCCUAGUAGCAUUUAACGUGUCUUGGUUUGUUUAUUUCUACUGCAUCUUGACUGUAAAUUUAGUAUAGUACUUAUUAUUGUUUAGUACUAUUUUCCUUUUUGUUUUGUUGCUAUUUUUCAGUAUUUUGUUUGGUGUACUGCAGUCAAUUGGUUUUCUUGUAGAUUCUGUAUGUUAGUGUUGUUUUUAGUAAUUGCCUUGUAACUAAGUAAAGUCUGCUUCAUUGUCUUUUACAAAGAUUCGUUUAUUAUAUCCGAGCUACCGCAAUACCUCGGAUGAGUAAGGAUCCGACAAUGUCCAUAACCAACAUUUUGUUACUACAGUCGAACCCGCUUAUUAGAAUAGCCUUCGUGCCUAGCAAAAGUAUUCCUAUAACCGGGAUAUUCUAAUAACCGAUCAUUUAUGGUUAGUAAAGAGGAAUCGGGACCUCAAAUUUCAAUUCCUUAAACCAGAAUAUUCCAAUAACCGGUAUUCUAACAAGCGAGUUCGACUGUAUAAUCCGGGGUAUCACAAAUAUCUUUGUUUCUAUACUUUGCGCGCGCACUAUAUAUCUCAUUUAUCUCACUAUGAUAAUUUUCAUCAAAGCAUUUCACCCAUUUUGCAAUAAACUUUUUUUUUUAUUUAAUAAGAUAUUGAAGAAUCUAAGCAAUGAGUUUGUUUGGAACCAACAUCUGGAUUUCAUUCAACAAAAAUGUGGUCGUGAUUUCACAUUAACGUGGCAUAUAGAGCACGAUUUACAAUUUUGAGGAAAUCUCGUGUAAGAAAAGAUGUGUUCAUUUUGUUUCGUGUAUAUAUACAUUAGUAAGAUACCAUGUUUUAGCAUAGUUAUACAUUUUUGUUUAUUUAUUCGUAAAUACUAUUCUGAUCUUUAUAUAUAUUGGAAGACUAAAAGCUGAUAUUUUUCAGUAAAAUAAAAAUGUGAUAUGAAUAUUUUUUCUAAUUGAUAAUUAAGUUACACGGUGUGGUUUGUUUAAUAAAAUGUUUAGCUAGAGUAAUGUAUUAUUUUGUGAUUUAUUUCGAUCUUUAUGUCGAUUAGUAAUAUAUUAUUUUAUUUACGA